CCAGCAGAGUUAUUUUAGUGGUGGUACUUGGUGUUAAAAAGUUUGUUCACGGGAAUGACGGAUGGAAAUCCGUCGUAAACCGAGGACUCCCUUAAUGAGCCAAUUAUCAGUCUGACUCAUUUGACAUAGUUAUGAGAGAACUUGUUGCUUGAAGGCAAAAAUGUCUACAAGUAUCAGCGACCCCCAGCCGUGAUACUUAACAAAACUUGGCUUCUCUCGCUCCGGUCGGUCAGCAACAGGACCCCCACCCAUCCACCUGCGUCCAUUGCAACCCAACAUUAAUCCUAACUACACCGCAGGACACAUUCCAAUUUCACACUUCCCCUCCGAAAUACCGAUCUUAUCUGGACUCUAACCCGCUUAACUCGACUGUUUUCAUUAUUACAAGUAUAUUUUUGAAACGGUUUAGUAGCCAGGAUGGACUCGAAGCGAGAUACUAAAGAGCAAGAGGGAGAGGUCGAGAAGAUUACCGCUGUGCUGCUCAAGUCUCACUCGGGGGAGUUUGAUUUGGAGUCCAUACUGUUUCUCAAAUUCAGGGGUCUCGGUAUACACGAUCUUGGCUGUAUAGGAGAGUGUAUGAAUUUAGAGAGACUGGACCUCUCUGGAAAUAAUAUUGUCAAUUUAGCUCCGUUGUCAUCACUUCGACUGCUUUCUGUUCUCAAUUUGUCUUCUAACAGGAUUUCUAAUUUAGAGCCCCUGUACAGUUGUGACAAUCUACAGAAUUUAAACCUUGCUGGUAAUAUUAUCUCCAGUAUCGAUAACCUUAUCUGCCUUCAGUCUUUGAGAAAACUAGAAAGUAUUCGUCUUAACGACAACACAUACAAUUAUUCAAAUCCAGUCUGCAGAAACGUGUCAUAUAGAACUGUCGUUCUUGAGAUGUUCCCUAACGUCAAAGUGCUAGAUGGCGAGAGAGUUGUUGGACGUGGGAGCGACUUAUACCAACUAUGCAAAGACAUUGAUGACACCAUUAAAGCCGGUCUUUACAAAAAUGGACAACUUGUUGAACAUCAGGAUUGCAAGCCAUGGGUGGAGGAUACUUACUGGGAAAUCAAACGAUCCAACAACGCCAUCGUUGAAGAAGCCUACAAGCAGUUUAAUGAUAUUCUUCAUGAAUGCAGACUCCUAAACAACAGAGCAACUCAUGCAAUUUCCCAGACUGAAAGAUCAAUGAGCUUGAAGAAGCAGCCAAAGCAGUAUGCCAUCUGAAAUAGAUCUUUUCUAAGUAUUGUUAAAUAAAAAUGCCAGUGCUGUAUGUGCAGUAGUAAGUAAGUUAGGCCCAAGAUAGACAUUUCCAGACGUACACUAUAUGCUGCUUUGUUGAGCUUGUUCACAUUUUAUUGCACCCACUUUUGGAGGAUACUUUAUAUUGUAGACAGGAGAUAUCGUUACUGGCACACUGUGCAUUUUGUGCCAUUUCGUAGCCUGCAUUAAUGCAGAGAAAAUAUGCUGCUAAAAUCUCUAAAUGUUCCAAGUAAUUUAAGAGCUUUUCCAUUUUGCUGGAUCAUUUUGGGAACCUCCCAUUGCUCUGCUUUUUUUGACCUGUAGCGAAAUGUGAUUGAAUGUUGAUCUGUUUAUACCUGUUUUAUACCAUAAAGAUUAUUGCCUAUAAAAAAAAGUGU